CGCCUCUGCAGGAGGGGGGGGGCCCUUUGCUCACGCGGCUCCCGGCCGAGAUGUGUGAGCCGGUCGCUCAGAGCUCCGGCCGCGGGUGUAGACAGGCCUCGCCUUGAGUCCUGGCUCAGCCACAACCCUGUUGGGUGACCUUGGGCAUGUCACUUGGCUUCCCUGGGUCCCUCUGCAGUGGAGGUAGAGACACCCACCCCAGGGUCACCGUGAGGAGUAAGCGUGGUGGUCUAGAGCAGCGGUUCGCAGGGCGGGCGCCCGACCAGCGGUAUCAGCUUCCGUGCAGGAACCGGUCAUCAGCGCAGAUUCCCAGGUUCUUCUGGAACCACCUCGGGUGCUCUGGGGUGGGGCCUGCAGCCUGUUUUGAAUCCCUCUCCAGGGGCUCCGGGGGCUCGCUGACUCUGAGAGCCGCUAGGACAGAGCAGCUGGUGUAUUACUGGGUACUCUAACUGGCACCUGGCGUUACUUACUAAAAGUGGUUAACUCGUGUAGCAUCGACUGUGCACCUGUACGUCUACUAUUUGCAGGCGUUAGUAUGUCCCAGUUUUACAGGUGAAGAAACUGAGGCACAGAGAAGUUAAAUAAAUCGCCCAGCUCAUUGUCUUAGCUUGAGUUCCCUAGAAGCAAAGCCCGAAAGGAAGACUCAAGUGCACUAAGUGUAUCUGGGAUGUGAUUCCAGGGAACCCUGGUCGGGGCGUGAGAAGUGAGACGGAGAGGAGGACAGCCACGAAAGGUGCGUUUUGAGUAGGUUACCACCGGGCCGCCAGGGCUUAAUCCAGCGGGGGACUCGGAGCUGGAGUAGAACACACGUCCCAGGGUGCAAGCUGGAAGCGGCAGGCCGGGGGGGACAGGGGCAGGGCAGCAUCCACCGGAGUCACACUGCCGGAUUCCAGCAUGGGGACAUCCGGCUCCGGGUUGGAGCUCUUUGCAGGGAAUUAUGCAGACUCUCUGUGCAGGGCCAGCAAAUGCGACUGGCGCUCGGUGAGCACCCAGGAAGUGUGGAAGUUGUUGGGUGGUGAUUGAGCUCAGUCCGCUUCCCUGUAGCCACCGUGCUGGGCCCUGGACCCCGAGUCACGAGAGGAACUGCUCUCUCGACUGUGAUAAGUGUGGCUGGGGCGUGGAGUGCCCAGUGGCAGAAUGAGAAAGGAGAUGAGGCAAGAGGGUGUCAGGGCCUGGGUGAGGGAGGGCCACGAGAGUCAGGCCUGGGAGUUUACCUUUAUUCUGAGCAUGAUGAGAAGGUUCCAGGGAAGAGAAAGGAGCCCAAGCUCCUUACCUUAAGAGGAUGACUGGUAGCCCGGUAAAAAAAAGACUGGAGGGCUCUGGGCUCUUGUCUCCCUGGAAGGAAGUUUCUAUAGAAACCAUCUAGGUCAUAGCCCUUGCCAUAGGAUUCCUCAGGAAGGCUUUCAUGGGGAAAGGGAGAAAUGAGGAACUGAUGCUGCAGCUCAUUUUGCACAGGUAUGAUUUCUGCAAACUCUCCCCAACACACCAAGAAACUGGCUCUCUAUGAAGGUUCCACCAGUGCCACUUAUUUAGACUAAAGUGUAAAUGGCUAAUGAAAGUUAACAUGGAUUUCUUGAGGGGAGACCAUAUAAAGAGCACAAGUUUUGAAAACAGGCAUGGAUUCUUAUCUUGGCCUUGGGUAAAUUCACCUGCCUCAAUUCCUUUCUUCAUUUCUAUCAUCCCACACUGACUAAGGAUCCACUGCAUGAGUAUCCUUGCAUGCUCCUCACUGUGCUCUUGAGGAGCUCAGUCUGGUGGCGGAAUCAGAUAUAUGCACCCCAGUGACUCCUGCAAAGCACGACUGAGAUGUGCUAGAGCGCUGCCCAGAGAUGGCCUGAUGUCUCCGGCGGCUGCGGCACGCUCCACAGGUGACAUGGAGGAGCCAAGGCAGAGAGUCCCACGGAGAGGUGCCUUUAUCACAGGCACGUACGUUGGGUGCUUCAGCGACGAUGGCCAGGAGAGGACUCUGAAGGGGGCUGUGUUUUACGACUUGAGAAAGAUGACCGUCUCCCACUGCCAGGACGCAUGUGCUGAGCGGUCCUACGUCUACGCCGGCCUGGAGGCGGGUGCAGAGUGCUACUGCGGGAACCGGCUCCCGGCGACCAGCGUCAGGCCGGAGGCGUGCAACCUGGAGUGCAAGGGCGAGAAGGGCUCCGUGUGCGGGGCCGUGGGCCGGCUGUCUGUGUACCGCGUGGACGAGCUGCAGCUGGGCCCCAGGAAGCGGCGGACCGCCACCUACCGCGGGUGCUUCCGACUGCCAGAGAACAUCACACACGCCUUCGCCGACUCCCUGGGACAGGCCAACGUGACCGUGGAGACGUGCUCGGGAUUUUGCUCCCAGAAAGAAUUCCCCUUGGCUGUCCUCAGGGGCUGGAAAUGCUACUGUGCAUACCCUACCCCCCAGUUCAGCCUGCGGGAUGCCAUGGACAGCUCGCUGUGUGGCCAGGACCCUAAGGCCCAGAGGCUGGCAGAUUACUGCGAAGUCUACCAGACGCCCGUGCAAGACACUCGGUGCACAGACAGAAGGUUCCUGCCCAACAAAUCCAAAGUGUUUGUGGCUUUGUCAAGCUUCCCAGGAGCCGGAAACACAUGGGCACGGCACCUCAUUGAGCAUGCUACUGGCUUCUAUACAGGGAGCUACUACUUUGAUGGAACCCUCUAUAACAAAGGGUUCAAGGGUGAGAAGGACCACUGGCGGAGCCGGCGCACCAUCUGCGUGAAGACCCACGAGAGCGGUCGCAGGGAGAUCGAGAUGUUCGACUCGGCCAUCCUGCUGAUCCGGAACCCGUACAGGUCCCUGGUGGCCGAAUUCAACAGGAAGUGUGCGGGGCACCUGGGCUAUGCCGCGGACCGCAACUGGAAGAGCAAAGAGUGGCCGGAAUUCGUCAACAGCUACUCCUCGUGGUGGUCCUCGCACGUGCUGGACUGGCUCAAGUACGGGAAGCGGCUGCUGGUGGUGCACUACGAGGAGCUGCGGCGCAGCCUGGUGCCCACGCUGCGCCAGAUGGUGGCCUUCCUCAACGUGUCCGUGAGCGAGGAGCGGCUGCUCUGCGUGGAGAACAACAAGGAGGGCAGCUUCCGGCGGCGCGGCCGGCGCCCCCACGACCCCGAGCCCUUCACCCCGGAGAUGAGGGACUUGAUCAAUGGCUACAUCCGGACAGUGGACCAGGCCCUGCGUGACCACGACUGGCCUGGGCUGCCCCGGGAGUACGUGCCCAGAUGAUAGGCCCCGCGCCGCGCCGCCCGGCCCCGCAGGCCUGCGCGCCCACUCGGAUGCCCGGGCCUGCGGCCUCGCUGGGACGCACGGUCGGCAGGGAAGCCGCAGGGGACCUGGGCACAGACAGGCGCACGUCACCGGGCACAGUGGGCACUCGUCCCUAGCCAGAGACACACACCUCCUCAGACACACUCAGACGCCAUCCGCGCGCACCGGGCCCGCAUCCCCGCGCAGGCCGUGCCAGGCGCUCCCAGGUGCGGGCGGGCGCAGCCUCGCACAGACGACAGCGCCCAGGUGCCAGGGCAUUCUCUGCCCGAGGCCGGCUGCCUCUCGCACACAGGCACACAGACACCAGGCUCUCAGACCCCCCGGUUCCUGCGUCCAGCCUGGCAUAGACUUGCCCGUCGAGGUGCUAGACUCUGGGUGCUGGGCUGGGUGGGCGUCCCUGCUCUGAGCAGCAGGGGCCGUGGGGUAGAGGUGGGUGGAGACCGCUGCUGCCGCUGCUGCUGGGCUGUGGGGCCCUGACCACGUGUCUGACAUGCCAUAAAUGUGUGUGGUGUGGCUUCCUGGCACCCCAAACCCGCCAGCCCUGCCUCUCUCUUCUCUGUGGGUGGGCUGGCGGCACGUGGGCAGAGUGGAGCCCCCCCCCAUUCCACACACCGGCCUCAGGACCAGCCACGUCGAGUGUGUGCCCCGCCCGCCUCCCCUCUGCCUCAUCCUACAUCGGAGCUCCCCGGCCUGCCCUCCUGGCCUGGCUUCUCCCUGCAACUGCCCCCGGGAAGCUGGGGAUCCGUGCCAUACCCCAGAAGCAGGGUGUGAGGAUGGCCGAGGAGAGGGGGGGUGCGGUCUCCAGUGGAGCCCAGGACCCCAAGGGGCCCAUACGCCAGCAGGAGGAGGGUUGGGGGCCGGCAUGGGGAGACUCUGAGGGGUGUGUCUUGGGGACCACUGGGACUGGUGCUCCCCAACAUUGACAGGGCCCUGCUGUCUGUGGGUCCCGCACUGGGGUCAUGAGACCCAUGUGGUGCUCAGCCGGGGACAGAGAGAGGUGCUGGUGCUACUGACCUUCUUGGGUCCCCCCUGCUACACAUGAUGGGCUCAGAAAUGAGGCUGUGGAGGCCGAGAGGCUCAGGUGUGGAGGGUGGGGGUGCAACCCGGGACUGAAGCUCAGGGUGGCCAAGAUACUGGGAGGACUGGGGGGACGAUCAGGUGCACACUGACCCCUGCCGGGGCAAAGGUGGGUGGGCCUGAACUCAGGCAGCCUUUCUGCAGCUUCUCCAGGCCUGGGGUAACCCUGGACGGACCCCUUGGUCCCCCUCUGGGAUGGCCGUCUGAGAGACCAGGAGACCUCCCUAAGCUGCAUCAGGAGGAGAAAACAGGACAAGGGGCAGGGAGAGCUGGAGUCGGAAUGCCCUGACCCUCAGCCCCCUGGCCGGGUGAUGGGGGGCUGGGCACCACCCGUGAGCACAGGCGGGGGUGGAGGGCCCAGGGAGCUGCCCUUCCUCAGAGUGGCAGUUCGGCAGCUGUGCUCUGGGUGGCCUCCAGGUCCUUCCUGGGAGUCCCCCAAACCCAUGCUGGGGCGAGGCUGCUCUCCACCUGCCCACAGCAUCACUCAUGUCACCUCGAAGCAGAAACACCAAGGUCUUUUAAACAUCCAUUGGCUCAGGAUGGCUGCAGGGUCCCACGUGUGAAGGCUCCAGGUGAGGCUUUCUCCAGAGCUGGGGAGCAGUUGAGAGCCCCCGGGGGGUUCCACACUGCCUUGGGAGCGGGGCCAGGGCAGACCUGCAUCCCAGAGCAAACCCAGAGUCCCAAACCCCAGGCACCGGACCGAAGGAGAAUGGGGAAGCCAGCCUCGUCCCACGAUUGGCUCUCCAGCUCUGGUCCUCGCUCUGCUGGGGCCACCCAGACGGGAUUCAGGGGAGAAGGCCCAGAAACCAUGGAGAGAGGACUGACUUGCACUGGAGCCAAGGCGUGACCCCUGGGCUUCCCUUACCACUCCCCCCGGGUCUGGGGAGAGCACAGCGCCAGACUGUGCCUCCCGGUAGCUGGGCUGGGUACAUUCACUGCUGCCAGGUCCCCUGAGCCCUCCUCUCCUUGCAGGUGGAGUGCUGCCUGCCUCAGUGUGGCCUUGUAGAUUGCUGUGUACCUUAGCUAGGACACAGGCAGGUAGAGCAAUGGACUCAGGGUCCAUCUGGUUCCCAGCGAGUCUCUCCCCAUGGCGAGGCACCUGGCACUUGGCAGGUGCUCCCGGAUGUUGGAUGGGCAAGGAGGUGUAAAGGCCCUGCGGCUGCUGGUCCUGAGCGGCUCUCAUCCCAGGUCUGCCUAUGCAGGAGACCUCGUCAGAAACAGGAAGGGGGGUCUGCCUGUGCUUUGGGGAAAGUCCAUUUGUCCUAUCCGAGUUAGGUCUCAUCCCACAGCUCACAGCGUCUCAGUAAAGAGGACCCCGUCCCUACCAGCCAUGCAGAACGCGGACGGGCGUGUAGGGCAGAUGCAUCCGGAGCCAAUCAGCGCAGAACAGCAGAACCCCGGCUGUCUGCAGAUCCCAACUUCAGCAGCAGGACUACGGAGCUACACAAACCUGUGUUAAAACAUGUAAUUUCCAUGGAUUUCAUCUCCCGUUGUGGAUCAAUUUGGCAAAACCAAAAUAUAUAAUUUUAAAACACA